UAAUCAUCUCUACAAACACCGAUGAAAUCCACAUUGCUGGCUACGAUCACAUGUUUGUUGCUAUUAUCCAAUUAUUCUAUCCCAAAUUCACCAUAAAUAUCCCAUCACCAUCUCAAUCCCCAUCACCAUCACCUUCACCGAACUCCUUCUCAAUCGGGUCAUGAAACCAGAGAUGAACAGAGAGUCGGUGGCACUCGCACUUCUCCCCAAGUCAAACCAAAUCUCCGCUACUUCUUCCAUAUCCGCCGCCGUAUUCAAUGUCUCCACCUGCAUGAUUGGUGCCGGAAUCAUGUCGGUUCCGGCGACUCUCAAGGUUCUCGGCAUAGUUCCAGGCUUCCUUGUCAUCCUGAUUAUGGCUUUCUUGAUGGAGGUAACGGUGGAGUUCUUGUUGAGGUACACCAAUUACUCCGGUGACGCCAAUACCUACGGUGGCGUCAUGGCGGAAUCGUUCGGAAAGUUUGGUUCCUUUGCACUUCAGAUCUGUGUUAUGAUCUCAAACCUUGGAGCCCUCAUUAUCUACUUGAUUAUCAUCGAUGUUUUAACGGGAAACGAAUCCGAAGGAGUACUACAUUUGGGCAUUUUGCAACAAUGCUUUGGAUUUCACUGGUGGAAUUCGCGAGCGUAUUCGCUCUUAUUUGUUGUCAUCUUCGUUAUGCUUCCUCUUCUUUUGCUCCCUCGAGUAGAGUCGUUAGGUCAUGCUUCAGCAGUAUCGAUUCUCCUAGCGGUUGUUUUUGUUGUUAUUAGCUCUGGGAUGGCCAUUUACGCUUUGAUCGAAGGCCAAACUCAACAACUUAGUCUUGUUCCGGAUUUUAGCGAUGGAUUACUGUCCGUCUUCAAUCUUUUCACAACCAUCCCGGUCUUGGCCACGGCCUUUGCCUGUCAUGUUACUAUUCAUCCGGUACGAGCAGAACUCGAAAAACAAUCAGACAUGAGCACGGCGGUCCGGAUUUCUUUAGUGCUAAGUGUCGUAAUCUACCUUGCGGUUGGGUUCGUGGGCUACCUUCUUUUUGGUGAUUCAAUCAUGGCCGAUAUGCUGGUGAACUUCGACCAAACCUCUAAUUUGCCUGGAGGCUUAAUGAUCAAUGCGAUUGUUAGAUUAAGCUACGCGAUACAUCUUAUGCUCGUUUUUCCCGUGAUUUUCUACACAUUACGGGCUAACAUGGAUGAAAUGAUUUUCCCACGAAAAUCCCUUCUAGCCAACGACACUACAAGAUUCAUGUCGCUCACAUGUGUUUUACUUGCAUUCAUUUAUGUUGUGGCGAUUGCUCUCCCGAACAUCUGGUACUUCUUUCAGUUCAUGGGAUCGACAACUGUUGCUUGCAUUGCAUUCGUUUUCCCGGGUGCUAUUGUUUUAAGGGACGUUCACGGCAUUUCUACGAGAAAGGAUCGAGUAAUGGCGAUAAUGGUGGUAAUCUUAGCCGUUGUAACUAGCGUUAUUGCCAUUUCCACCAAUUUGUAUAGUUUGUUCGGAAAUUCUGCUUCAGAAAACUAGAAUUUUUUUUUUGAAAUAUUUGGUACGAGGAACAAAAACAAAUACUAUAAACUAUUCGUCUCUGCAUAAAACUUAGACGUUUUAAGAUUUACAGUUUGAAUAGAUUCUGUUUUUUCUAGAAUUAAUGUCGUAUUUAAUAUACAGUUAUUAUUUUA